ACACUGCAAUACCUUUUCGCAUGCUGCCGCCUGCACGCUGCACGCAUUUUGUUUUAUUCCGACAAGCAAAAUGAGCCAAGCUAAGGAAUUGCUGCAGUUCCAUGAACUGGAGCUAGACCAACGCAUUCUAAAGGCAAUUGCGCAGUUGGGAUGGGUGCAGCCAACGCUGAUCCAAUCGACGGCCAUUCCGUUGUUGCUCGAGGGCAAGGAUGUGGUAGUGCGUGCACGCACUGGGUCCGGAAAGACGGCUACCUAUGCGCUGCCACUCAUCCAGAAGAUACUUAACUCCAAGCUAAAUUCCAGCGAACAAUGUGUCAGUGCAUUGAUUCUCUGUCCCACCAAAGAGCUGUGCCGGCAAUCACGGCAGGUGAUCGAACAGUUGUCCGACUCAUGUGGCAAGGUGGUACGUGUAACAGACAUUGCCGGAAGCUCCAAUGAUGUGGCCACCCAACGACAUGCGCUCGCCGAACGGCCAGACAUUGUUGUUGCGACGCCCUCAAAGAUAUUGGCCCAUGCAGAUGUACUCGACUUGAAGAACAUAGAAACCUUGGUUGUGGAUGAGGCAGAUCUAAUCUUUGCCUUUGGCUAUGAGAAAGACUUUAAAAAGCUAAUUAAACUCUUGCCACCCAUUUACCAAGCAGUGCUCGUCUCGGCCACCAUUUCCGAUGAUGUGGCUCGCAUGAAAGGUCUCUGCCUGCACAAUGCAGUUACGUUGAAGCUAGAGGAACCCGAUCUGGUGUCCCUCGAUCAGCUCAGCCAUCAGCGCAUUUUAGCCGAGGAGAACGACAAGCCAGCCAUAUUGUAUGCGCUGUUAAAGCUAACGCUUAUACAGGGCAAGAGCAUUAUCUUUGUGAACAAUGUGGAUCGCUGUUAUAAGGUACGUUUGUUUCUGGAACAGUUCGGCAUACGCUCUUGUGUUCUCAAUUCAGAGCUGCCAGCCAAUAUACGCAUACAUACGAUAAGUCAGUUUAAUCGUGGCAUCUACGACAUCAUCAUUGCAUCGGAUGAGCAUUUGCUGGAGAAGCCAGCGGGCAAGACGAAAAACAAAAACGGACAGCACAAACACGAUCAUGAGUCGAGCGCAUCGCGUGGCAUCGACUUCCAGGGCGUUAAUAAUGUUAUCAAUUUUGAUUUUCCACGAGAUGUUACUUCGUAUAUACAUCGAGCUGGUCGCACGGCGCGUGGCAAUAAUAAAGGAUCUGUAUUGUCCUUCGUCAGCAUCAAGGAAGCGCCUAUCAAUCAAGCAGUAGAGGAGAAACUACGCCAAUCACUGGGCAAGCAGCCGCAUCUGACAGUUGAUGCACUAUCAGAUCAUCCACAGAAGCCAACAGGAGAGGAUAUCAUCAAACUUUACCAAUUCAAGCUGGAGGAAGUGGAGGCGUUUCGUUAUCGAGCACAGGAUUGUUGGCGUGCUGCCACACGCGUUGCUGUCCACGAUACCCGCAUUAGGGAGAUCAAAACUGAAAUACUAAAUUGUGAGAAACUUAAAGGUUUCUUCGAGGAGAACAAGCGCGAUCUCCUGGCGCUGCGGCAUGACAAACCUUCGCGUACCCUUAAAGUACAAUCGCAUCUCUCCCAUGUGCCCGAAUACAUACUGCCUAGCGCAUUGAAACGCGUUGCCCUAAAUCGCAGCCAAACACAACCAGCAGCCAAGCAGGCGCGCAUAACUGGCGCCAAGACUGCCUAUCAGCGACAGAGCAAUGAUCCUUUGAUGGUCAGCGAGGUGGACUAUGGCAAGAGACGCAACACGCCGAAGCGAAAAAAAGCCUUUUAAAAUUUAAUAGACACUUUUGUUUUUAGCCUUAAGAAUACCUCUGUGUAGUGCCUAAGCGUAACAUUUUCUAUGCGAGCUGUGAACCGUAUGGAAUAGAGAACUAGCCCGUAUUUCUUGAACUAAAUACAAUUACAAGUACAAGUACAUUUGACA